GUUGCAGAGGCAAGACUCAUUCAUCCAAGUUGUUUCGCUAUUGUGUCGCUAUUGUGCAUAGAAUUCAGAACACACUAUACAGAGCCUAGAGCCUAUUUCUCACACCUAGAUUUCAAGACUGACUCUUUUCUCUGCCUGACAAUUGUGACAAAAGCAUCAGUGAAUGUUGCAGAAUUGCUGAUUUUCAGUGAAAAAAAAAGAAGAACUUGUGAAUUGAGAGACCGCAAAGUGAUACAGUUAUGACCACCCUCACGCACCCACCCUACGGAUUUCCGCUAUCCAUGGGCCUAGAGAUGCCCACACCGGGAGACUACGCGCCCUCAUCGAAUCACAGUCCGACGGACAUGAAGCCGCGACUCAGCUUUCCACCCACAUCGGCCAGUCUCACCGUCGGACAGUCGCCCGCGGCACAGAGCGGUCAGAACACCCCAUCCAGCGGCAUGUCCACAUCCCCCGGCCAGGAGGGACAUAUCAAGCGCCCCAUGAACGCCUUCAUGGUAUGGUCACGCAUCAAGCGGCGCCAGAUCGCCAAGGACAAUCCCAAGAUGCACAAUUCGGAAAUCUCAAAGCGCUUGGGCGCAGAAUGGAAGCUGCUGAAUGAGGCUGAGAAGCGCCCCUACAUCGACGAGGCGAAGCGCUUGCGGACGCAGCACAUGAAGGAGCACCCUGACUACAAGUAUCGACCCCGUCGCAAGCCCAAGAAUCCGCUGGCCACGAGCCAGGCCAGCCUGCCUCUCUCCAUGCAGGCACCCGGAAAGACACCCCUCAGCGCUGCCUACAAUCCCUUCCAUCAGCUGCCGUCCUACUUCGCGCCCAGCCACCCUCUGGACCACCCCACUUACCCCGUGCCAUACUUCAGCGGCUUCGAUCCGCUCGCGCUCAGCAAACUCCAUCAGAGCCAAGCCAAUCAGCCCACCGUCUUGGAGGCGCAGAAGGCGCCACAGAUGCCCUCCACCACCCUGGGCAGCUUCUAUUCCGGCAUCUACGGCGGAAUCUCGGCCGCGCCCGCCCUCUACGCCGCCACCAAUGCCUACACGUCCUCGGUGAGCUCCACGUCGCCCAGCUCGAGUCCGGGCACCGCCACAUCGCCCAUGGACAUUGCAGACUCACUCAGGAGGCCCGUGUCCGUCAUCUAUUGAGCCCAUCGAUCACUUCAUCAUCCUUAGAUCAUCUGUAGAGUAUAUUUAAAUUAUGCAGCACGCCUAGCUAGUAAUUUCUAAUUAUACCCUUGUGUUAUUUGUCCAAGAAGUCCCUCAGGAUCACCAGAUCCCGCUGUAAAUACGACCUGAGGCGACGCACCGAUUGUUUAGCGUACAUCUAGACAUCAUAAUCUUGACUGUUUUCUAUUUGCAAGUAAUGUGUACAAUGUUAAGAAGCGCGCUCCACAUCAAUUCAGUUAGCUUUAUUUGUUGGAUUCUCCAUUCCUUCCACCAAUUCUUGUGCUAUUUGGCCAACAAAUGUAUAAGUUUAAGGACAGAAAAAAAGACAACCAAUGUUGAGGAGAGAGAAAUUUGAAAAUAAAUUGAGA